GGACGCAACGUCUUCUGGGAACUGUAGGCGACGACUUGACAGCCUCCUCUCCAGCAUGGAGGUACCCACAGACAGCGUGGACGUGGAAAGUGGAACUACGUCGGACCAAGAAGACGACAGAAGCUCUGAUAACGAUUUUGGACCUUCAAAACUCGGAACUAAAGAACAUUGGGAAGAUGCAUACCAGAAAGAACUUGAGACGUUUAAAGACAUUGGGGAUGUUGGUGAGAUAUGGUUUGGUGAGGAGAGCAUGAGCCGUGUGCUGCGAUGGAUGGACAAAGCUAAGAUCCCAGAAAAUGCUGCCAUCCUUGACAUCGGCACUGGAAAUGGAGCCUUCUUAGUUGAACUGGCGAAAGAGGGAUACACGAAUCUGACUGGUAUAGAUUAUUCUCCAGCGUCUAUAGAGUUGUCCAGAAAUGUUCUGCAGAUGGAGGAUGUCACGGGAGUCACUUUAAAGGAGAUGGAUUUCUUAAACUGUCGAGGGGAGCUAAAGGGUUUUGAUCUCUGCAUCGACAAAGGAACAUUUGAUGCGAUAAGCUUAAACCCAGACAACUCUAAGGAGGGCAAAAAACUCUACGUCCAAAUUCUAAAAGACGCUCUGAAGGACCAAGGAUUCUUCUCUAUCACCUCCUGCAACUGGACAAAAGAGCAGCUGCUAGAGCGAUUCAGUGAAGGAUUUGAGUUUGUGCAGGAGCUGCCUACACCGAGUUUCCAGUUUGGGGGCAAGACGGGAAACAGUGUGGCAGCACUCAUCUUCAAGCGAGUACAUUGAACCACAGGCCUGAGAGGAUACUUGUUUUGUUUUUGUGCCACAGUUUUUUCUGUUUAUCACAGGAAAUCAUUAAACCCGUGCAUACUUUUUUAUACAAUACCUCAUCAGAUAGUUUGUUUUUUUUUUGUAUUAAAAAAAAAAAGCUGUGUAAUGAAGCAGACAUGCAGUUUAACUGACUGACACUUAUCUUGAAAUAAAUAAUUUUUGUUUUGUUGCUGUUGUAUUAACUUUGCAUUGAUCCAAAGUGCUUACUUUGGGCACUUUUGUAUGAAAUUGAUUGUUAUUAUUUGUGAUUCAUUUACAGAGACAAUUAACAAGAUUAUUUAAUUCAGUUUCAGUUUCAUGGUUGCUUUAAAAACGGUGCUUCAUGCUAAAACAUACCGAGCAGUAUCUUGUGCGGUAUUCCAGAAAAAGUACUUAAGUAAUUUUUUUUAUCACAAUAGCUUUUAAAAUAGACAGGAAUAUCUGUUAACUCAUGACUUUUCUGUAGAUUACAAAACAAAGCCUUAAUCUGUUGCGGAAGAUAAUUGCUGAAUAACCUGUGGGUCUGCUGCUUUUACCUCUGAAUAACGUCUUCUCUUUUGUAUAUGAACUCCUCACAUUUUUGUACCCACAGUACUUACUUGACUGUAAUAUUACUUUCCUGUGGCAACUUUUAAUAAUAGUUCAGCUGGACAUUUAUUUACUGUUUGAUUUGAUUAGCUACCAUACACCUAGAGGUUAAAAUGUAUUUCAUAUUCUUUCUAUAAAAGGGCUAGAAGAUAUACACAAUAAUUUGUACUGAAUAUGUUUUCCCUUUAUUCCAUAAAUCAUCUGAUAGGUCCCCAAAUUACUUCUCAAGGACCCCGUUGAGAGUCCUGACCCACAGUGUGAAAACCACUAUCCUGUCUGACCAGGUAGUUAAUUGCAUCAUGUGAAAAAUAGCCCGUACCUAAUUGGCUAAACUGGAAACCAGCGGAGCCUGGGGUCCCUGGGAUCAUGAUUAAGAACUUCUGACAUAAUGAAUAAACAAGAGGCCAUGCUGUCUGUGGAAGAGAA